GUCGGGAGGUUCGGUGGUCUAAAGAGGCAGACUUGUGACAGGGAGUGGGCGCACGGAGGUCUGCGCCGAGGUUGACCCUGAAGUGCAAACCCCAACACCGGGGCUCCGCGGCUUGUCCUUCCCUCGGGCUCUCUUCGCUCGAUUUCGCCACCGUUAUGUGGGAAGCGAAUCCGAAAAGCCCAGUCUUUUGGAAAGAAGUUGACUGAAGAAAACUGUAAAAUUCAGCCUUAUGAAAUGAAUCUUUGGAAAGAAAGCCAUAGCAUCUGUGAAGCAAAGCAAUUAAAUUAAGCUUUGGCAAUAGAGAAGGAGCAACUGUCUACAUAUGAAACAGCCUGUCAUCUUUAAAACAUGAAGGAAAAAUUCAGAAAAUAAUCCUAACUAAAACAUUCCUUGGAGAGAGUUUCCAAACAUGAAUGAAAAUUAACAAGCCCCCUUCAUUGAUCUCAGGAAAUGUUUCACAAGGCAGAAGAAUUCUUCUCUAAAAGGCCAGACAGCGAUGUGGACGAGAUGGACACAUCUGAUACCCAGUGGGGCUGGUUCUACUUGGCCGAGUGUGGGAAGUGGCACAUGUUUCAGCCGGAUACCAACAUUCAGUGUUCAGUUAGCAGUGAAGAUAUCGAAAAAAGCUUCAAAGCAAACCCUUGUGGCUCCAUUUCUUUUACUACUUCCAAAUUCAGCUACAAGAUAGACUUUGCAGAAAUGAAGCAAAUGAAUCUCACAACUGGCAAGCAGCGCUUAAUAAAAAGAGCUCCUUUUUCUAUCAGUGCUUUCAGCUACAUCUGUGAAAACGAGGCUAUUCCCAUGCCCCCACACUGGGAGAAUGUGAAUACUGAAGUGCCCUAUCAGCUUAUCCCUUUGCACCAUCAAACACACGAAUAUAAUGAAGUUGCUGGUCUCUUUGGGAAAACAAUGGAUCGCAACAGAAUUAAAAGAAUUCAGAGAAUUCAGAACCUAGACUUGUGGGAGUUCUUUUGCAGGAAAAAGGCUCAGCUCAAGAAAAAAAGAGGUGUGCCUCAGAUUAAUGAACAAAUGCUGUUCCAUGGUACCAGCAGUGAAUUUGUAGAAGCCAUUUGCAUUCAUAACUUUGAUUGGAGAAUAAAUGGCAUACAUGGUGCUCUCUUUGGAAAAGGAACCUAUUUUGCUAGAGACGCUGCUUAUUCUAGUCGCUUCUGCAAAGAUGACAUAAAGCAUGGGAACACAUUCCAGAUUCAUGGUGUAAGCUUGCAACAGCGGCAUCUGUGUAGAACAUAUAAAUCUAUGUUUCUCGCUCGAGUGCUAAUUGGAGAUUACAUAAACGGAGACUCCAAAUACAUGCGACCUCCUUCCAAAGAUGGGAGCUAUGUGAACUUAUACGACAGCUGUGUGGAUGACACCUGGAACCCAAAGAUCUUUGUGGUGUUUGAUGCCAACCAAAUCUAUCCAGAGUACUUAAUAGACUUUCACUGAGCCUUUUUCCAAAUCCUGGUGGUCAAGGACAUUUUAUUCUUUUUUGCAGGAAGAUUUGCUCUCCUGUCAUCUAGCCACUCAAUGUUAAAUUAUCUGAUACUUUUGAAACAGAUAAGAAAAAAAAAGUGACCUCCAUAUAAAAAGACAUACUGACUUUAAGGUUGGUCUUUAUGUUGUUUCGUUUUUGUCCGUUACUCAGUGUUGUUUGUAAAAGAUGGAUAUCUUUGCCAUUUUAAUCCAUGGGAUAGUAGAUAAAAUCACUGAGUCGACUGAAUCUCAGUUAACAUGAUUCUGCUGAGUCCAUGAAGUUUCCAUGUAUGCUGUUAGAGGAAAUGUCUUCAGUGUAAAUAGAUACGUUCAGAACUGAAAACAUAGGCAUAAAUGUGUCCCGUCUUAGAAUUGAUCCUUUGUAAACUGAAUUCUGAUAUUCUUGUCUACUAAUCAGUACAAUGCUUUGCUGAUCAUUUGAAGCAGUCUGAGUGCCUUGAGAGAAGUCAGAAAUAAGAACAUUUUUUACAGUUUUGCCAAACAAGCCAGAAGGAGAAAAUCAAGGUAUGGUGCCCUGUUUACAACUGCAGUAGGAUUGCAGGUUGCAGGCUCAGGCUCUCUCCUGUCUUUUUUUUUUUUUUUUUUUUUUUUUUUUUGGAUAGAGACAGAGAGAAGUUGAGAGGGUAGAUAGAGGGAGGCCUGCAACAUUGCUUCACUACUUAUGAAGCUUUCCCCCUGCAGGUAGGGACCAGGGGUUUGAACCUGGAUCCUUGUGCACUAUAAUGUGUGUGCUCAACCAGGUGUGCCACCACCCAGCCCCUCUCCUGUCAUUCUUUCCUAUCUCCUACAUUUGAAUUGGCAACUUCUGAAGACUUAUUAGUUUGCAACUCACCUACCAGGGCUUUUAAAUUCUUGUAGUGGGAAUUGCAGCACAAGGUGUUUAUUGCAUUUCAAAAUGGAACUUUUAUUUAUUAUGAAAAACACUUUUUUCCCUGUGUCUGCUCCACCACCACAUACAGCUAUUCAACAAUGUUUAUGAAAUUCAUGUGUCUCCCGAUUUUGAAUAAUUUUAGAAAGCAUGAGAACAGUACUACAGAGAACUCAAAACAGAUCUGAUUUAUUCGCUUAAAUAGCAGUUAUUCGUUUAAAUAGCAGUUUGAAAUGUUAGAUUGAAUUCAUAGUAAUGUUUAAUGAAAGUUUGUUUACCUAUUCCACCUGUCUAGCUGUUUUGUUCUAAGUGGAACAGAUUCCUGAUGCUAAAGAUACUCUAGCUGAGGCUGGACAACAACUAGGCAGAAAUGCUAUGUAGACUUCAGGCAUCAGAUGGGGGAUUUGGCCAUAUGACUGUUGUUUUUCCAACCGUAAUUUGCCAUGAUUCUGCAUAGAAGGGGGAAUAUUUGUGUCAAGCCUUUCCCAGACAACCAUUUUCUCACUUACUCUAGACUUUCACAACUCAGUUUAAUCCUGAUUUCUCUCUUCACUAUCUUGAUCAGGCGUUUGCUAAAAAGUUGUGAACAAAAUACAACUCCUCAAGGAAAAAUUUAAUAAAUGUCCAUUCCUGCAUUGCUCACUUAAGUCAUAUGAAUCGGGAAGACUUCAAGAAAUAGCAGUUGUGUAGAGUAGAGAGCAAGAUUUGGUGUGGUUAUUCUUCAGCUGCUCUGUGUGCCCAGAUUUGUGUCGUAACUCAGAAUACAUGUAAUAGUGCAGUUGGAAGCACAAAGUAAAUUGCAGGUGUGGUCAUUUGAAACCAAGCAACAGAUAGUUUCUGACUACUCAAAUGUGCAGGCUAAGAGCUAGUUUAGAUGAAGCUGUAUAAAUGUUUGGAGACAAUGUGGCGGGAUCAUAGUGAAACCAGCUAGAGGGAGGAUGACUAGGACUGUUGUGUGAGAGGUAGCCCAGCACACCAGUGCUCUGUUCAUCAAAACAAUAACAACAACAAAAAUGCUAGAGAAAUUGCUUAUUCAGAUCCUGGUAUUUAGAUAUAAAAAAAGUCAUCAAAACAACAUGACUAUUUUCCAGUUUAGCACAAUGUCUCUUCCACCAACACUAGGAUGAAAUAACUGUUUUAACCUUUGAGGACUGUUUUUCUUUUAGACAAGUACAGAUUCUAGAAAAGUACAGAUUCUAUCUCAAGGUGACUCAGAGCCCAGAGGUAAGAUUCACAAGACUCUUAAAUAAGCUAGGUGGCUCUGUAGCAAGUAGAACAUAGUGUUGACUGUACUGCCGUAGAAUUUUUUUUUUUUUUUAACCAGAGCACUACUGAGCUCUGGCUUAUGGUGGUGUAGGGGAUUGAACCUGGGACUUUGGAGCCUUAGGCAAGAGAAUCUCUUUGUAUAACCAUUAUGCUAUCUACCCCUGCCUGCAGUUUUUUUUUUUUUUAAAUAGUGUUACUCUUGUCUGAGAAUGUGCUGCCAACUGCCCUUUGGUAAGGAAGAACUGGUCUUGAUUAUUUUUUUUUUCUAAAUGUUAUAACAGACUUAGUUGAUCUUAAAAUGAUGUUUCUUUAUUCUGAUCAAUAGAUUAAGAAUCACAACCAGUAGAAAUGAAACUGAGCUCAACCAUUUCCGGAUACAGUAGGGAGAGAGGUCAUUUUAGAUUAGUGAAUAAAUUAUUUUUAAAAUUCCACGUUGAGUAACAGAUAACUGGGAGUGAUUUUUUUUUUUCUCCCACGCUGGCUACCUUGGUCUCGUGAGUUAAAAAAAAGUCUUUAUUAUGCCCCCCCUCAAUAAAAUGGGAAAAAGAAAAGUUAUGUUUAUAAGAGAAACAUUUUCAUAAACCUUGUGGUUGUAAACAGGAAGGUCUGGUAUUGGCACAACAUUUCUUUUCUAAACUGUUGUGAUUGUGAUAAAGCAUUUGGAGCCAUUCCUGAUACCUGAAUAUGUUGUUUUUACAUGUGGUGAUUAAAGUUUUCUGUACCAGG